GUUGUACGAUAUGCAUCGAAACAAAACGAAGGACACGUUGCAAUUACCACGGGUCAUCGUAGGAGAAAACCUCGAUGAAAAUGAGGGAAUCUCUGAAUUACACGAUGUCAAAAACUUUCCAAGUCGACUGAGAACGAACAGCGAAACCAGUCAAGACUCUGUUACUUCAGAGCCGCGAAACCGACGGCGAAGCAAACGCUUCGAAGACGCUUUGCUAAAAUGGCAGGAAUACGGGAACGAUAUUAUAGAAAGAAAACCGCCAAAUUUUCUCGAGUUGAAAAACAAAUCUCGAAAAGGUACUUGGAUAUGCGCCGGAGGAAAAUACAACGAAAAAUCGGAGAUUGACGCGAGCCGUGAAAAGGAUAAACUUUAUCAGAAACAAGUCAAGGAACUUGCCGGACGGUUAAGUGACAAUCUUCGCGAGUUUCAGGAGAUGCAUGAACGCUCAGCAAAGAUUGAGCUGACUUUGAAACAGCUGAAGGAAAAGGCUAUGGCAAAUUUGGGCAACGAACAGGAUUUCAAGAUAUAAAACCGAAUAUUCGUUUGUUUUCUUAGUGUACGAAGCGUUCAAAUGCCAUGGCAACAGCAUUUAUCGGUUUGCGCAAUGUUGUAUUAAAUUAUGGUAAUAGUGAG